AUGGAAGAACAGCUCUUUGAAGAGUUAGUCGAUUUCUGUGCUAAUCUUAUCGUUCAUAAAAUAGUCGAUGGCGAAAUAAACAAUCAAAAGGACAUUAUAAAAAUUAAAAUAACGGAGAAAUAUACUCCUAAUUUAAGCUCAUUUCUGAAUCCAGACCUUAAUUCUAUAAAUGCUAAUACAAUAUUGAUAAAUGUAAACGAGUCAAACAAUGAUUUUACCAUAAUAGCGGGUUCCGAAUGUCUUUCAUCAAAUAAUAUGGCUGAAGAAGGAAUACAUUCAUUGGUCCUGAUCAUCAAAAACAGGGACACAAUAGAUGUGCAGAAACCUCUCACCUCUCAAUUAUCAGCUCUCUUCCUACCACAAUCGGAGAAUUAUGAAUCUUUGAUUACAAUGCUCAAUUUCAAAAUUGGAUCAAUGUUCAAUGUGACGAAAUCUGUUGCGUUAGAAAAUACUCAAGUUAUACCUCAACCACCACAAAUCAUAGACGACGUAGAUGAUUAUAUAAGUGCAAUCAUUUCUGAAGGAGCCGAUAUUGACACAUGGCAAGAAUACCUUGAACAAUCUCGCCUAGAUGACUUUAGUUUUCUCAAUGAACUACAAAGUAAAGUUAAUAAAUGGCAUAAGGAAAUAUCAGCAUUUAUAUCCAUUACUCCUAAUGUGAAAAAUAUUUCUCUAAACAGUGAAUUACAACUCUGGUCGCACAUGGAAGCUAGUUUAUCUGACCUUUUAACCCAGUUAGGCACCCCCGAUAUUAUGAUAACUCUACAGAUAUUACUACAUGCAAAAAGAGUACAUUUAAUCGAUGAUGCUAUUUUGCUUACCCCUGUAUCUGAAAAGUUGAAGCUGCUGAGGGACUACAUUAAAUUCUUAACGUCAUUCCCCAAAGAAUUUUUUGAUAAUUCAAACACAUUCGAGCAAAUAGACACGGUAGUUGAAGAUAUACAUUUGACAUUCCAUAAACUGAGGUAUACAAAGUAUCCAAUAGAAAGAUCAUUAUUGCUAAUUCAAGAUAUAUCAAAUCAAUUAAUUAUAAAACUACUAGAAUUGAUAUCAGGUGCGUUUAAUGCGCCAUAUACUUCAUUUAAAAAAUAUAUGAAUUCUACCUCUACUAUUUUGGAAAAAUGGGAUGAAGUAUUACAAGAUUGCCUUUUGUUUCUUCGUGAAUCAAAAAGGAAAUCGUCAGAAUCCGUUAUAUUACCUAAAUCAUUUAAUUACAUAUUAUCCAACAUCAGAAAAAAUACCAAAGAUAUGAGGGAUCUUAGAAAACAGCAUAGUAAACUUCAGAAAGUGUUGACCCGAAUAAACUAUGAAGGUUAUGAUACUGACUUACAACAACUCUAUUAUCCAUUGACAAAGGUUGGCCUACAAAAAGAAACUUUCCUUUCUGAUUGGAAUGCCGCUCAUUCAUUCUAUCAAAGACGGCUCAUUGAACUGGAAAAAAAACUUAUAAAUAUAUUAAAAAGUACUUUAGCUGGUAAAACCGCAUCUGAGGAAAUAAUCCAAGAAUUACUGAGGUUUAAGCCACUCAUGGAUGUUAAUCCUAGAAUAAAAUUUCAAAUCAAAAAAUAUCAACAGUUUCUUCAAAACUCUAUUAAGAAAGAAAUCGCUCUUUUGGAAGAUAAACAUUUACUGAGCAAAGGGAUCGAGGGUGUAGCGCGUAUAGGGGAGAUAUCGCCUUUAGGAGUCGCUAUUAAUAAUGACUAUCAAAUCAAAGUUCGUAUCGAACGUAUAAUAAAAAGAAUGGAAUAUUUAUUAGGGAAGGAUUGGAGAGAUACUAGUGAUGGUUCCUUUAUCUUCAAUAAGUAUUUAACCAUGGAAAAAAGCUUAGGCCCUGAGUAUCGUAUAGAAAAUUGGAUACAAGGUUUCCCUAAACAAUUAUCUGACAUACAAGAUGUAUCUGUCAUAAAGAUAUUAAAAGAAGACAAAAAUAGUUUUCAGUUGCAAGUGAACUUUGAUUUUACAAUAGUAACCAUACUCAAAGAUGUUAGAUAUCUCCAAUAUAUGGAUCAUGAUAUCCCAUUGCAUAUCAUCAACGUUACAAACUCAAAUAAACACAUUUGCCCUCAUGCAAUUCAAAUAUUGGAACAGAUCCAAACGUUUUAUUCUCUUUUAAAUGAAUUAAGAACUUGUAAAUAUACUAAUCCAAUUUUUAAAAAAGAUAUACAACUGAUAUGGGACCUUAUAGAAGUCGCUGUCACGACACCAUGGAGUUCAUUGUUUACGAUAAAUCGAUCACUGGAUGGGGACGUUAGUCAAUCAGAUUUUAUAAUAGAGCUGGAAGAUAGAAUUUCCCAUGUAUUAAAUAAAUUUCCAUUUUUUGAAGAAUUAGAGGAUAAAUUAAAAGUGUUAUUCGAAUCUGCCGUUAGUAACUCCACUAGCCUAAAAGACAUCGAGAAAAUCAUUCCACAAGUUCGUUCACUGGUCGAUGCCAUCCCUUAUAUUUCUUCUGAGGACGUGACGAAUUAUGAAAUAUAUCUCGAUAGUAUAAUAUCAGAACUGGUUUAUGACUUUCUUAAGCAACAACUGAAGAACUUACAGUUUACGGAAAAAAUUGUUACUUUAACUUUCAAAAAUGGAUGCGUUGAAACUUCUCCAGGUCUACAAGAAAUUAAAACCUCCUGGCUGGAAGAAAUUGACACUCUACUUUUCCAAGCAGUCAAUAUUUCUAAAGUACAGAAAGGAAACACUUCGGUUAAUGACCCAUCAAAGUUCUUGCUCCUCUAUAAGGAACUCAAGGGAGAGAUCAGUUGUUCUGUACAUGAAUUAGAAUCAAUACAUCUUGCGGCCAUUGAAUAUUUAGAACAAUGGCGCAGGAACGAAAGGAUGUGGGAUCUGAAUGAACUAGCUGUGACGACUCUUAUAGGAUCAGAUAUUAAGAAAUCCUACUCUUUAUUAAAAGAUUUUUUCUUUUCAAACCAACAAUUUGAACAAUUACAGUUCAAAACAAAAAUAGGAAAUCUUUUAACUUUUCAGAACCAAACAGCUUAUGCAUAUAUAUCCGCAAAAUAUAAUUAUUGGCAACAGUUCCUGCGCGAUAUCCUGGUAGAUCUAUAUAUGAGAAACGUUGCUUCCUUCCUUACUAGUAUUAAGACGUAUUAUACUAAGCUAGAACGAAUCUCAGGUCAUUCUUCAUCCCUCCCAGAUAUAACGGAACUGGUUCAAACUAUUAAUUCAGCGAAAACGGACAAGACAUCGAUCGAAGAAACCGUCCAACUAUAUCAAUCAAUAAACCAGCUAUUGUCUAGGUACCGAAUUAGAAGACCAAUUGAUUAUAUAUACAUAGAACAAGUCGAAGGAGAUGUCGCAAUGUUAAAUGAAUUAGCAAGUCGAAAAGAACGCUUACUGCAAGAACGUCGGACAGAAAUAAGUUCGCUUCUACAGAGAGAAAGUCAAAGUUUAAAAGAGUACUGCCAGUCCAUGUUAGAAGAUUGGGAGAACAAGAAACCUGUAGCAGACGAUAUAGUUCCUCAGGAAGCACUUGCGAUAACCUCUGUUUUUAAACUUACUUUUCAUGAAAUUCAAUCUAAAAGCGAGUUAAUCGAUAAUGCCUCGAAAUUAUUAUCGCUCCCAUUAACCAUACAUAUUGAUACUGCUGGGAUAUUAGAUGAAUUAACCAGGUACGAAAAUGCAUGGCUAUCAAUAGAUGAUCUUUGGAGGAAAGUUGAAACGUUAAUGGAACAAAAAUGGAUAGAUACUGAUAUAAAUCAUACUAUCCUCAUUGCAAGAAAAAUAUCAGUUCAUACGGCUGAGUUAUCUCCCAAUGUUACUCAUUUUUUAGCUUACCAAAAAAUCAAUGAUCAUAUCAAGAAUCUUUUGAAAGCCCACAAAAUACUGAUACUAUUGAAAGAUGCAGCACUGAAGCCUCGCCAUUGGAAGUCGAUAUUCCAGUUGUUGGGAGGUAAUUCUAUUAAAGGAAGUGUGUUAGAGGAGGGUACAUUUUCGUUGAGGAAACUAAUAGAAGGAACUCUGUUCCUGUAUGAGUCAGAUGUUAAUAAUAUUAUUGAACAAGCUCAGAAAGAGUACACCGUAGAGAAGUCGUUGGAUCGUAUUAAAAGGUUUUGGGAGACAGCUCAGUACACAUUUUCCGCUAACAUGGUCGGUAUCAGAAUCGUUCAAGAAUGGGAUGGAUUACAAGAUGCCUGCAUCACUGAUCUGGAUGAACUUUCUGCCAUGAAGAAUUCAAGAUAUUUCAAUAUAUUCGAACAAACAUCUUUGGAUUUGGAGGCAAAACUUACAGAAUUUUCCCUUCUUCAGUCAUCGUGGAUCGAGUGCCAAUUUUAUUGGUUAGAUCUAUAUGGUAUUAUUGGAAAGACCGAAGAAAUGCAAAAGCUAUUACCUUUGGAAACGACAAAAUUUAGGAACGUAACACAGGAAUUCAAGUCUUUCACAGCAAGAGUAGCCUCUUUCACUGCUGCGCUCGAUACACUACAUAUUCCUAAUGUACUUACAUUACUUCAAAAUAUCCUCGAUUCAUUAUUCUUAAUCAAGUCUUCUUUAAACGACUUUUUAGAAAAGCAAAGAAAGUUAUUUCCACGUUUUUAUUUUUUAGGGAACGAAGAUUUAUUAAAGCUUAUUGGAAGUAAUGGUAAUUUGCAUGACAUCUCAAAAUAUAUGGUUAAAAUGUACGCCACUAUUGAUCAAGUGGUUGUAUCUGGAAACAUAAUAAGUGGUGUUCAAUCACCAGAAGGGGAAGUACUAACGUUACAUGAAUGCGUUACUGUUACACCUAACAGUCAAACAAAUAUAUGGUUGGAGAAUCUAGAUAAAGAAAUCAAACUGACACUUGCUGGAGAUGUUAAAAAAUGUUUAUCGAAAGUUCGAAGUGGAGAAAUGUUUUUAACCUUAAUUGACCAAUUCAGCUUUCAAGUGCUGUUACUCGCUUUUCAAGUUUCGUGGACCUAUAAACUGGAAGCUGACCAUGCCACCAUCGAAAUCGAGGACUUAAUUGUAGAAAUUAAGGAGCAAGUUGCCCAAUUAAGUUCUGAACUAAGGUCCAGUUGCGAAUCUCUAAGAAAGAAAAAACUCAAAUUAUUGUUGAUUGAGGCUAAACUCUAUUCUUCUAUUUUAACAACAUUGAAAGAGAAAAACGGAAUCGAAGAGAAGCAGUCAAUUUGGAUGAAGAUGCAAAGAUUUUUCUAUCACCCAGAGGAGAAGGAUCCAUUGAAAUCUAUAACUAUAUCACAACUUACCUACACAAAUUACUACGGCUUUGAAUAUAUCGGUGUUCCGGAAAGAUUGAUAUAUACGCCAUUGUUAAUGAAUGCCUUCUCUGCGUUAACCAAUUCGUUUCAACAAGGAUAUGGAGGACACUUUUUUGGGCCAGCUGGGACUGGUAAAACCGAAAGUGUAAAAGCUCUAGGGCAAAACUUAGGGAAAACAGUUAUAGUUUUCAAUUGUGACGAUACCUAUGACUUUCAGUCGAUGUCAAGAUUGCUAACCGGUAUCUCCCAAAUUGGUGCCUGGGGGUGCUUUGAUGAAUUUAAUCGACUUGAUGAGAAGGUUUUAAGUGCAAUUUCUCAACAAAUAGCUAUGAUCCAAAAAGGUCUGCUAAACAAAGAUGAAAAUAUUGUAUUAAUGGGAAACGUGGAGUUUUUACAUCCACAAACAGCUAUAGUGAUAACAUUAAAUAAUGAAUAUGAAGGUAGAUCCCAACUACCUGAGAAUUUGAGGAAAAUCUUCCAUGAAUUUUCGAUUAAAAAGGCAGAUACUAAAAUAAUUGUCGAUGCAAUCCUUAGUAUAUUUGGCUUUACAAAUUCCUUGGUAUUAGCUGAUAAACUUGUCACUUUAUUUGAGACAUUAAAGAAAGAAUGUAGCCCUCAAAAACAUUACGAUUUUGGAUUAAGAUCUAUCAAAAAAAUCCUGAAAAAGUGUGCACAAUUGCUCAACCUGCAGCCAGAUAUAGGCCACGAACAACUUAUUAUCGAAAGUAUUCAUCGUAUUUUACUUCCUUCAUUGAGUAAAGAUGACGAACGCAUUUUUAUAACUCAUUUGCAUGAAUUUUUUGGAGAUUUCCCAACACUUGAUGAUUCGGAACAGUUUCUUCAGCAUUUGAGAAAUGUAUGUUCGGAAAACGGGAUGUUCUUUACGGAUGAAUUGGCUAAAAAAUGUCUUCAAUUAUAUAAUUUUCAAAUGUCACAAGAUGCAAUUAUCCUGUUAGGUGAUGCUGGAAUUGGCAAAUCCACUAUUCUGAGGUUAACUCUUUCUUCAAUUUCUGCUCUUUCAGGUAAAAAAAAUAUUAUAUACACAAUUGAUACCAAAGUAUUGUCUAAAGAAGAAUUGUAUGGAAGGAUGAAUAAGGCUACUUUAGAAUGGACGGAUGGUCUAUUUACUUCACUAAUAAGGGAUAUUCACAAUGACAUAAUUGGUACGUUCAGAAAUGCACAUAUUUGGAUUGUAUUCGAUAGCGAUAUCGAUCCCACUUAUGUCGAGACUCUAAACAGUGUACUUGACGACAAUAAAAUAUUAACUUUGCCUAAUGGGGAACGGUUUAAAAUACCUGCGAACCUACAUUUGAUUUUUGAAACAACAGGUGUACAUUAUGCAACGCCUGCAACAAUAACUAGGUGUUCCCUUAUAUGGUGUAAUUCCACAUUGUUAUCCUCUUAUCCGAAGUUUAAGGCUAUUUUUGAUUCACAUUCAUCAAAGUUUCUGCAGAAGCAUGGAAAUGAUACAAAUAAAUUUCAAGACGUAACAAAGAUAUUUGACUCUAUAGUGACUCCUGAACUGCUUGAAGAGUUGAUUUCUAAAUCUUUAAAGAUGGAUCAUAUCAUGCCUUUUGAUGAUAUUAGGGCUUGUGAUACUAUUAUUCGACUUUUCUUUUUAUUCCUAGAGCGCUUUUAUAAUAAAGUCAUGAGAAAGAUCGAUGAUAAUAUUAGAAGAAAAAUAAUAGUCAAGAUAAAACAAAUCAUGCUUUUUUCCUUCACAUGCGGCUGUAAACCAGAAUGUAGGGAAGAAAUGAUUAAUGAACUCAAUACUAAAAUCAAGACAGCCGAAGACGUCGAGGCAAUUACAUUUACUUCCGAUUUUGACCUCGUUCAAGUUUCAAGCAUCCUUCCUGAGGUGGAGUUAGAUGUAUCUCAUGUUAUGCUGCCUGAUGUUAUCAUCCCAACGGCAGAAAUUCUGAGCCAAGAGAUCAGAUAUACCGAAUUAUUGGAGGCAAACAAAGCAAUUAUUCUUUGUGGUCCUCCUGGUUCCGGUAAAACAAUGACUUUAAAUAAUAUGCUGCUUAAAUCUCCUAAAUUCAAGCUUGUUGGCAUGAACUUUUCAAAGGAUACCAAAAUUUCGAACGUUCUGAGAACAUUAUCAAGACAUACAGAAUAUAGAAGGAAUGCCAACGGCUCUACGUUAUCUCCAAAGGAUGGGACACAAACUCUAGUAUUUUUUUGUGAUGAAAUUAAUCUAACAAAACCAGAUGCCUAUAAUUCCCAGAUUGUUGUCCUUUUCCUCAGACAAUUGAUAGAGAAGAAUGGAUUCUGGAGAACUCCUGAGAACCAAUGGGUAACAUUAGAGAGAAUCAUUUUUGUUGGCGCCUGUAAUCCACCUAGUGAUGUUGGGAGAAUUCCUCUGGCACCUACAUUCAUUAGGCAUACUUGCGUAGUUUUUGUCGACUACCCUAGAACGGAUGCGUUGAGACAUAUAUACAAAUGUUAUUUCAAAGCCAUCUUAAAAUUAUGCCCCUCAUUCGGGAAUAUAGCCGAGGACUUGUCAAACUGUUCAGUAUCUCUUUAUAACGCAACUAAAAAAUCAUUUACGCAAAGUAACUAUCCACAUUAUGUAUUCUCACCUAGGGAGCUUACCAGAUUGGUAAGAGGUUUCUUCAAUUCCUUGGCUGAGGGCCCUCAACAAAACCUAAUAUCGUUGUUAAAGGUAUGGAUAUACGAAGCUUGGAGAGUUUUUGCCGACCGCCUAACGUCGAAAGAAGAUCUUGCCUUAUUCCAGUCUAACGUCACUAGAUUAUUAGAGGAAAAUUUCCCAUAUCAGGAUAUUGAUACAAUCAAUAUGAACUGUUUGUUAUUUUCUGAUUGGUUAAGCAUAGAAUAUAAAGAGGUGUCUAAAGAAGCCCUUUUCGAAUUUGUACAGCAACGGUUUCAAAUUUUUUCAGAAGAAGAAUAUGAUAUGCCUAUUGUCAUAUAUGAUGAAAUGUUGGAUCAUCUACUAAGAAUCGACCGUGUCUUUAAGCAAGUACAAGGGCAUACAAUGCUCAUCGGGGCAGAAUGUAUUGGAAAGAAAAUAAUGACCAACUUUGUUGCAUGGUUAAAUGGAAUCAUAGUUCUAGAACCCAACAUACAUAGAAGAUAUACACUAUCUGAUUUCGAUGACUUUUUGAGAAUGGUUUUAACAAAAUGUACAUUAGAAGAACGUAGAGUUUGCCUCAUUAUCGACGAAUCUAAUAUUCUCGAAACGGCAUUUUUGGAAAGAAUGAAUACGUUACUCGCUAACGCGGAUAUCCCUGAUUUAUUCCAAGGUCAAGAUUAUGAAAACUUGAUAUCAAAACUUCAGAGUAAGAUUAAGAGUAUGGGAUUGCUGUUAGAUACCGAACAAGAACUUUAUAAUUGGUUUACACAUGAAAUUGCCCGAAAUCUACAUGUCGUGUUCACCAUCUCAGAACCGACUGGUACGAAUCCAUUCAAGAUGGUCAGUUCUCCAGCAUUAUUCAAUAGAUGUGUUGUAAAUUGGAUGGGUACUUGGUCUACGAAAACGAUGUUGCAAGUAGCAAAUAGUUUGGUCACAGAUAUCCCACGCGAUUAUAUGGAUCAAACCAUACCCAUUGAUGCCAUACGUAUUAUUCCUUUCGAAUUUAAUACAUUUAUCGACAUGCUUAUAGGGAUAGUCGUAUUAUUUGAUAGCAGUUAUUUCGAGGACUUUGAUAUUGGCCCUAAAUCACCUGCACAUUUCGUCUCGGCUAUAAGAUCUUUGAGUCAUACCUUUAGGAAUAUGCAUGAGCAGCUAGAAAUCGAACGGCAAUUCACAAUAAAUGGGCUUGAAAAGCUUACCGAGUCUGUCGUUAAAGUCCAAAAUCUAGAGAAAGAGCUUUCAGUUAAAAAAAGUGAACUAGAAGUUAAAGAACAAGAAGCUAGAAAAACGUUGGAUAAUUUACUUUUUGAACAAAAUGAAUCAGAAAGGAAACAAGAAGCUACUGAGGAAAUCAAAAUAAUAUUGGAAGAGCGCGAGGUGGAAAUUAUAAACCAUCGAGAUUUAGUUAUCAAAGAGCUGCGACUUGUCGAACCAGCAGUAUUAGAAGCUCGAAGAGGUGUUCAGAACAUUAAAAAACAGCAACUAACUGAAAUACGAUCUAUGAUGCAUCCGCCUGUCGGGGUGAAGUUAGUCUUGGAAGCAGUAUGUGUUAUAUUAGGACGUACAUACUCUACAUGGAGAAAUAUUCAACAGUACAUUUCAAAAGAUGAUUUUAUUCGAGAUAUUAUUCAGUAUGAUACUAUUUCUAUGAUGACUCCAGAGAUGAGAGUGUUUGUUAAAGCGAAUUUUUUGGAAAGAUCAGAUUUUACUUUUGAGGCUAUUAACAGAGCAAGUAAGGCAUGUGGUCCAUUAUAUCAAUGGGUAUUUGCCCAAGUUAAUUAUGGAGAAAUAUUAGAGAGAAUCGAACCGUUACAACAAGAAGUAGCUAUUGUUGAAGAAGAAACUUUAAAAGCCAGAGCACGUUUACUGGCUGCAGAGGAAAUGAUUGCUGACCUAAAAGAAAGUAUCGAGAAGUCGAAGAAUAAUUACAGCGGUUUAAUACGUGAUGUUGAAGCAAUUAAAGGACAAAUAAAAGUAGUUCAUCAUAAUUUAGAGAGGUCAAAGAUUCUAGUGAAUAAUUUAACCUCCGAAAAAGAACGGUGGGAUAGGAACAUUAAAGAGUACCAUUCACGAACGGAUAAUUUAAUCGGCACUAGUAUUCUGUGCGCUAUUUCAUCCAACUAUUUUGGGCCUUUAAACGAAGGACAACGUAACACAAAGUUAAAAUUUCUCAUGGACAUUUUGAACUGUUGUAAUUUAAAAUACGAUAAAGAUGUUAAAUCCAGCUAUUGUAAUUUAAACUCUACAGAAAGAGCGAGACUCAUCGAAGACGGACUACCUGACGAAGAGUUUCUUCUUGAGAAAAUGGAGCUCGCAGUACAUUCUGAGGGGAAAGUCCUUUAUAUUAUCGACCCAAGUUGUCAAAUUUCGGAUAUCUUGGGAAAGUUCUAUGGUGUAAGAUAUGUCCAAAUUAGUUUCCUUGAGAAUGGGUUUGUAAAACGGUUAGAAAACGCUAUUAAAUUUGGAGGAGUUGUUCUCAUCCACAACGCGGAGUUCUACGAUCCUAUAAUAAGCAAGUUAAUAACAGGCCAAUUUAAAAAGGUUGGGACACGCCAAAUAGUACAAUUAGGGACAAAUGAGAUUGAUGUGUCACCUGAUUUUAAGUUGUUUUUAUACAGUCAUGCCUCCAAUCUUAACAUCCCCACCGUUUUAAAAACUCGUACGAGAAUAAUAAACUUUUCUAUUGCAAAAGAAAGUAUAGAACUGCAAGCUGUACGUAUUGCACUAACUAAUGAAGCACCGGACGUCAAACAACAAAAGGAGGAAUUAACGAAAAUAGGUAGAGAUUAUAAGAAUCUACUAAAAGAGAACGAGCAUCAAUUACUGGUGCAACUUAAUAAUUCAGAGGGAAAUAUCCUAGAAAACGAUGUAUUAGUAACGACUUUGGAAUCCUUGAAAGCUAAAUCAACUGAGAUUAGUAAAAAGCUUGAAGAAAGUGAACAUACAAUGAAGAAACUAAACAAAUUUGUGGAACAGUAUUCGUUAUUAGGUAGACAUUGUUUCAUAGUUUACUCAGUCUUACAAAAACUAUCAACUAUACAUUGGUUUUAUCAAUUUUCAAUUCAACAGUUCCUUGAAUGCGUUAGGUCAAUUUUCAACGGAAACUUUGAAGCCAAUAGCGGUUCUAGCAGGAUUCAAGGAUUAAUUGAAAGACUAUAUAAGAUGACCUUUAGUAUGUUUUCACCAUGUUUGAAUAGUAAGAACAGAAAUGUAUUAGCAGCCAUCUUGUAUAUCCUUUACAUUUCCAUAGGACAUGACGAUUUACCUCGGAUUUCUAAGGAGAUUACAGCAGCCAUAGACUGCCGUAAAGAUAAAACUCUCAGGUUAGCUCCAGAAUCGGCAACCAAAGAGUUAAGGCAUCUAUUUGAGUUACUAAGGGAUCAAUCUUACAAUAAAAUUGAGAAGUUAAUUUGUAGUUAUUUUGACGGAUCGUCUUCUUUAGAAGAUAGGUUAAAAGCGCAUAAUAGAUAUGGCCUGAUUAUUGGAUGCGAACAGAAUUCUGAUGCUUCAUUCUUGGUGUCUGAUAUGGCAGACGCGUCAGAACGCAAUUUGACAGUUAUUCCCCUUGGUAGCUCCGAAAACAGCAAGUACGCUGAAGAAGAAAUUUCAAGGUUACAGAAUCAAGGUGGAUGGCUUCUUUUACAAAACUUACAAAUGUCUCUAGAUUGGGUCAGGUCAGUUUUGACAACAAUAAUUGAAGAUAAUAGAGUGUUAGAAGAUGAUCCUUCGAAGAAAGAAGUGAAAAUAUUUAUGACAGCCGACUUACAUGGCCAAGAAUUACCAAUAUCCUUGUUACAGCACAGUUACAAAACCGUUUAUGAUGAUAAUAAAGGCCUUCUAGAAAGUAUUAAAGGGUAUUGGUUUGAUUCUUUAUUAAGAAAGCAAGAUAAUUCAUGUGGAACCCGGUAUAUCAAUUACAGAUUCUUGCUGACAUUGUUCCAUGCAUUCGUUUCCUGUCGAAGUAAUUUAGCCCCAGUAGGCUUCUCUAAAACGUAUGAUUUUAACAAUCAAGAUUAUGAAUCUUGUCUGAAAUACUUGAAACAUCUGGUAACGCUCGAUGUUUCUGAAAAUACUUGUAGGUAUCUUUUACAGUACCAUAUAGGGACGGUUAUCUAUGGUGGAAAGGUAGAUCAAUUUACAGACUUGCAAAUAUUGCAAACUAUUUGUAACGAAAUCUUUUAUGUUGCAGGAAGUUCUAGUCCAAAUGAUUGUGGUGAAAAUGUGAAGGUGCAGAUACCAGGAAUAGAUUUGAAAAAAUCAUUAUUAUUCGAAUCUCCAGAAGCGGUAUCUGAUUUCUUAAAUUCCAUUGAAGAACCAAGUUCACCAUUAUCAGACUGGCUUGGCAUUGGAGAAAAAUAUGUCCAAAAAUAUACAGACUUAAGAGCGCAACAAAUCUUUACAGAAGUCGCAGGGAUUUUUCAAAAAUUGGCAGCUUAA